GUUUUUUAUUUUCAGGUGCUAAAAAUGCCAAGCCCAAACAAAAUGAAAACUUCGCAAUUUCUGGAAAAAGUAUCAAAAAGUGAGGCGGAACUUCAGCGCGAAAAAAAUAUCAAGGAACGAGACGCAUUUCUUGCAUCUUUCAUGACCGAUCCUGAGUUUGCAGAAGCUGUUGAAUCUAUAGGAUUGUUCGAAACCACGAAAACGAAAAAAAAACUUCCUAGGAGAAAAUCCAGGGAUAGUACUUUCAAGUUUUUCGGUAACAUACCGACCGAAAAACGUAAAUCAUUGCGGCUCCAGGAUAAAGAACCUGUGUAUACUAAAGAAGAUUUAGUUGAUGAAUCUGCAUUCAAGCGGAGGAGAUACAGCAAUUAUGAUUACGAAGACCUUGAAGAAGUCAUAUACAGACCUAAAAAGUCCCGAGUUCAUACAAAACAUUCAGGGAGACCUCCCAUUAUACCAGUUUCUGAGGUUACUGAGGAAAUGAUAAACAAAAUCGCUAGGAAGGUAUCAGUGAAGAAAUACUCGGAAAUAGGGACCAGCUGUCAUCAGUGCCGGCAGAAAACUCAAGAUCAGAAAACUUGCUGUAGGAAUAUUGAGUGUGUUGGAGUAAGAGGGCAAUUUUGUGGAGUAUGUCUGGAAAACAGGUAUGGCGAAGACGCAGCGGAAGCUUUAAGGGAUCCUGACUGGACGUGCCCAGUAUGUAGAGGGAUAUGCAACUGUUCAUUUUGUCGAGCCAAAGAAGGAAAAAGGCCGACUGGUAUAUUGACACCAUUAGCCCAUCAAGCGGGACAUAAAUCAGUGAAAGAGUUCUUGGACAGUUUGAAAGGAAAAGGAGAUUAUGUUGACGAACAUGAUGAUCCGAAUAACUUACUGGGGUUCACGAAGGAACUGAAAUAUGCCCAGAUGGGAGGCGGAAUAAAACAUUCGAUUGAUUGCCAGGAUGAUCUUAAAGAAAAGCUAAUGAAAUGCAUAAUCAAUCUGGAAAACGAUUUUGAAUUAUUGACAAGGCGGAAAAAAUCUGUUUUGAUUGGAUUUUCACAGAACCAACCUGUUUGCAGGACUUUGUUGGAUUAAGAGAUCAUAUGUACAUUUUUUACCUAGCUGUUUAAUGUGUUUGAGCAUUUAAGAGUAUUUUUUCUGUUCAAAUCUUUUGUACUUUUUUUAUUGAAUUUUGAUAAUAUAAGUGUAACAAAUGUUA